GCAUCAACUGCUGGGGCCUCCUGCCCGCCUGCCUCUCACCAGACCACCAAGGAGGCUGGUGGGGAAAAUGUCCUCACCUUCUCUUUGGAUUUUGGUGAUUUUGUCGAUAUUUACUGAAUUAGACGCAGAAGCUGGAGAAAUUGAACAUCUCCGACAAAAAAGAGACACUAAUCUCCAACAGCCUCGAAUCACUGCGGAGAGAGGAAAUUUAGUGUUCCUUACUGGAUCUGCCCAAAACAUUGAAUUUAGAACUGGAUCCCUGGGAAAAAUUAAAGUAAACGAUGACGACCUCAGUGAAUGUGUCCAUCAGGUCCAGAGAAACAAAGAUGAUAUUGUAGCUAUAAAAAGGAAUGGAAUUGGUCUUUAUUCAAAUAUAUCUAAUGAAAUCCAUGAGAUUCAUUCAAAGCUUGUGGAUCUUGAAGAAAAAUUUCGAAGCUUACAGCAGACAGUGGACACAAAUGUUUGCAGCAGCAAUCCCUGCAGGAAUGGUGGGACGUGCCUGGAUCUGAAAGGUUCCUUUUUCUGUAUCUGCCCUCCUCAGUGGCAGGGACCACACUGCUCUGAUGAUGUUAACGAAUGUGUGAUGGGAACACUCAUGGGCUGCCAGAAUGGAGCCACAUGUAUAAACACUAUGGGGAGUUACAGAUGUGACUGCUCGCCGGAGACUUACGGGACGCAGUGUGAAUUCAAAUACGAUGACUGCAAAGGGGUCUCUAAACAGCGCUGUGUUCACGGCAUCUGUGAGGAUUUAGACCGAGUAGAAAAUGGACAGCCCAAGUUCAGCUGCAUCUGUGAAGCCGGGUGGACAUUUUCUCCAAACAACCCUGCAUGCACAGAGGAUAUAAAUGAGUGCCUGCAUGAUCCCUCACCUUGCUCAGAACUUGUGACGUGUGUCAACACCCAAGGCUCUUUCUACUGUGGGGCCUGCCCAACAGGAUGGCAAGGAAAUGGGUAUUAUUGCCAAGAUAUCAAUGAAUGUGAGAUUGAUAAUGGUGGCUGUUCAGUGGCUCCACUUGUGCAGUGUGUGAAUACACUUGGAUCUUUCAGAUGUGGUGACUGUCCUCCAGGCUACAAGGGCAAUGGAAAAGUAUGUACUCCCAUCGACAUCUGCCGGGUCAAUAAUGGAGGCUGCCAUCCACAAGCAUCGUGCUUCUCGUCUCUAGGGUCCUUACCUCUCUGCACCUGUUUGCCUGGAUAUACAGGAAAUGGUUAUGGGCCGAAUGGUUGCGUGCUUCUCAGUGGUCAUUGCUCUGGCCAUCCCUGUCUACAUGGACAAUGCACAGAAACAGUCACAGGCUAUCUUUGUAAGUGUGAACCAGGCUGGGCUGGUGCCAACUGCUCAGAAAACAUCAAUGAGUGUGCAAGCAACCCCUGUUUGAAUGGGGGAACUUGUGUAGAUGGCAUUAAUUCCUUCAGCUGUGAGUGUACGAGUUCCUGGACCGGAGAUCACUGUCAGACUGCCCAGCAAGUGUGUGGAGGGUCCCUUUCAGAGCCGAAUGGGAGCAUCAGCUAUACAGCUCUCGACACUCAAUAUGAGCGUGAUGUUAACUGCUUCUGGGUUAUCCGAACUGAAGUGGGAAAGGUCCUGCGUAUCACUUUCACAUUUUUUGAAUUGGAGCAAGCGAACAAUUGUCCAUAUGAGUUCCUUCAGAUUCACGACGGAGACUCCUCCGCAGCUUUUCCCCUUGGAAGGUUCUGUGGUUACCAGCGCCCACAGGAUGUCCUCAGCAGCGACAAUGCGCUCUACCUCCACCUCUCUUCUGACCAUCUGAGAAACGGGAGGGGCUUCACACUGAGAUGGGAAACGGAGCAGCCAGAGUGUGGAGGUAUUCUGAAUGGUACUUACGGUUCUAUCAAGUCUCCCGGAUAUCCUGGGAACUACCCUCCAGGAAGAGAUUGUGUUUGGCGCAUCUUAACCAGCCCAGGCCUCUUGAUAACAUUUACUUUUGGGACCUUGAGCCUGGAAAGUCAUGAGGAUUGUAACAAAGACUACCUAGAGAUCCGAGAUGGUCCUUUGCCUCAGGACCCAGUUCUUGGGAAAUACUGCACCACUCUCUCUGUUCCACCACUCAAGACGACCGGUCCCUUUGCCAGAAUUCAUUUCCAUUCUGACACCCAGAUUAGCGACCAAGGCUUCCACAUCACCUACCUGACAUCACCUGCCGAUCUGCAAUGUGGAGGGAGCUACACAAACCCAGAGGGCGAGAUCCUCCUUUCUGACUUCUCUGGGCCUCUGGCCCACGGUGGUCAAUGUAUCUAUACCAUAACCCUGCCUCCAGGAGAGCAAAUCGACCUCAACUUCACCCAUGUGGAGCUGGAAGGCCAGAAUGGAUGCUCUCAUAGUUACAUCGAGGUGCGAGACGAUACUACCUUACUUGGGAAAUUAUGUAGCAAUGAACUUUUGACUCCCCUUAGAUCUAUUACUAAUAAAGUCUGGAUCAGGUUUAAAACAGAUGCUUCCAUCCAAAGGGCCAGUUUUAGAGCUGCUUAUCAAACUGCUUGUGGGGGAGAAGUCACUGGAGAAGGAACCAUUCGCUCUCCUUUUUAUCCGAAUGUUUAUCCUGGAGAAAGGACCUGUAGGUGGACCAUCUACCAACCCCAAAGCCAAAUAAUUCACCUCAAUUUCACUGACUUCCAUGUUGGAACUUCCACUAACUGUGAUACAGAUUAUGUUGAGAUUGGCACCAGCCCUAUUUUAGGUUCUCCAGAGAAUACAAAGUACUGUGCCUCCAACAGACCUUCCGAUAUAACCUCCAUGCACAACAUUCUCUAUGUCACCUUCGUGAAAAGUUCUUCUCCUGAAAAUCAUGGUUUCAUGGCUAAGUUCAGUACUGAGCAUCUGGCAUGCGGAGAAGUUCUUACAGGGUCAACAGGAACCAUCGUAAGUCCCGGCUCUCCUGUCUAUCCCAAUGGUGUCAACUGCACCUGGAAUAUAUUAGUCCAGCCUGGCCACUUGAUUCGUUUUGAGUUCAAAAAAUUCCAUCUGGAGUUCCAUUCCAAUUGUACCAAGGACUACCUAGAAGUUUAUGAUGCUGGUACAGAGACUUCUCUUGGCAGAUACUGUGGAAAGUCCAUCCUGCCAUCUCUUACCAGCAGAAGCAACUCAGUAAUGCUGAUAUUUGUGAGUGACUCUGAUCUUGGUCGUGAAGGCUUUGAGAUAACGUAUACCUCAAUUGAUGCAUCAAAAGCAUGCUCAUAUGUCUUUACAAGUAACAGUGGGAUACUCACUUCCCCUAAUUACCCCAAUAAUUAUCCCAGUGAUUGGGAGUGCACUUAUAGGAUCACAGUGGGAAUCAACCAGCAGAUUGCAUUGCACUUUACUGACUUCUCUUUGGAGGAAGGCAUUUUCAGAACCUGUAUGGAUUUUCUGGAAAUCAGAGAUGGAGGAUAUGAAAAUUCCCCAAUCCUGGGAACGUUCUGUGGUUCAGUGCUCCCUCCAACAAUCUUGUCUCACAGUAACCAACUAUGGUUAAAAUUUAAGAGUGACCAAGCAAUCUCAAGUUCUGGAUUCUCAGCUUCCUGGGAUGCAUCGGCAACAGGUUGUGGAGGCAACUUCACCACUUCCACUGGCGUGUUCACGUCUCCCAACUACCCAAUGCCGUAUUACCACAGCUCUGAGUGCUACUGGUUGUUAAAAGCCAGCCAUGGUAGCCCCUUUCAACUAAACUUUACAGAGUUCCACUUGGAGUAUCAUCCGAACUGCUCUUUGGAUUAUCUGGCUGUUUAUGAUGGCCCAAGUUCGAGCUUUCAACUGCUAGCUCAGCUCUGUGGGGAUAAGAAGCCUGCCCCCAUCCUCUCCAGUGGGGACAGCCUGUUUCUGAAACUGAGAACUAAUGAAGAUCAGCAAGGAAGUGGCUUCAUGGUCAAUUUCAAACAAAUAUGUGACAAUGUGGUAAUAGCCAACCAAACCUAUGGUAUCUUGGAGAGUAUAAAUUACCCAAAUCCCUAUUCUCCGAAUCAGCGCUGCAAUUGGACAAUCCAAGCGACGAAGGGCAACACCGUGAAUUACACAUUUGUAGGAUUUGAGAUGGAACACUAUUCCAACUGCUCGCUGGAAUACUUGGAGCUGUAUGAUGGACCAAAUCGGAUCGGGCGCUACUGUGGAACACAGAACCCCCCAGCAGGGAGCACCACAACCUCCCGCCUUCACGUGCUCUUCCAUACUGAUAGGUACAAUCACCAAGAGAAGGGCUUUCAGAUGCAGUGGUUUGUUCAUGGUUGUGGUGGGGAGUUGUCGGGAGCCUCAGGUACCUUCAGCAGCCCCGGGUACCCUCAGAAUUAUCCACACAACAAGGAAUGCCUCUGGUACCUCACCACCGAACCAGGGAGUAGCAUCCAGCUCACCAUUCAUGACAUCGAUAUGGAAUUUUACAGAGAUUGCCUAUAUGAUGCCUUGGAGAUCUAUGGAGGUCCUGAUUUCCACUCUCCCAGAAUAGCCCAGUUGUGUGAUCGGGGAUCUAGGACUCCACUGCAGGUCACCAGCUCUGGCAAUAAACUAUCAGUCCUAUUUAGGACAGACUACAGGGAAAAUGGGAGAGGCUUCAAUGCCUCAUGGCAAGCAGUCCCAGGAGGUUGUGGUGGCAUUUUCCAGGCACCCAAUGGAGAGAUCCAUUCUCCAAAUUACCCCAAUUACUACAGAAGUAACACCGACUGUUCUUGGGUUAUUCAAGUUGAACAGCAUCAUCGUGUUCUCUUGAACUUCACUGACAUUGACCUUGAACCUCCAGACUCUUGUAUUAUGACAUACGAUGGUGCAACCUCUGCAACCGCCCGCCUGGCCAGAGUGUGCGGGAGACAGCAGCCCGCCUCCUCCAUCACCUCCUCAGGAAAUACCUUGUUUGUCAGAUUCCAGUCUGGCACUUCUCGACAGAGCAGGGGCUUCCGGGCUCGAUUCAAGCAAGUAUGCGGUGGCUACAGUAUCACCGACUCUUCUGGUACUAUUUCCUCUCCACUGUACCCCAACAAGUAUCCUAAUGAUGAGAACUGCAGCUGGAUACUUCAAGCUCAACCUCCAUUUAAUCAUAUUACUCUCUCCUUUAUCCAUUUUGGACUUGAAAGCAGUUCUAAUUGUACACGGGACUUUGUGGAAAUUUUAGAUGGCAACUCCUUAGAUGCGCCCCUCCGAGGUCGGUACUGUGGAAGGUCCCUGCCCCACCCAAUCACGUCCUUUGGCAAUGCCUUGGUACUAAGAUUCGUCUCUGAUGCUGGACUAACUGAUGAUGGUUUCCAGGUUUUAUACGCAGCAUCAACAUCAGCUUGUGGUGGAAACUUACACAUGGGCGAAGGCAUUUUCGACAGCCCUGGCUACCCAGACGUUUAUCCCCCGAAUGUGGAAUGUGUCUGGAACAUUGUCAGUUCCCCUGGCAACCAGCUGCAGCUGUCCUUCAUAUCUUUCCAGUUGGAGGACUCUCCGAACUGUAGCAAAGACUUUUUGGAAAUCCGAGAGGGAAAUGCUACAGGUCGCUUGGUGGGACGAUACUGUGGAAACUCUCUGCCUCACAAUUACUCAUCCAUUGUUGAGCAUAUUCUGUGGGUCAGAUUUGUGUCUGAUGGCUCGGGCAGUGGCACAGGCUUCCAGGCUGGCUUUGCUAAGAUAUUUGGCAAUAAUAAUAUUGUGGGAAGUCAUGGGAGAAUUGCCUCUCCCUUCUGGCCUGGAAAUUACCCUGAUAACUCCAACUACAAGUGGACAGUAACUGUGAACACAUCUCAAGUUAUCCAUGGCAGAAUCUUAGAGCUGGACAUUGAGUUAACAACGAAUUGCUAUUAUGACAAAUUAAUGCUUUAUGAUGGGAUUGAUACUCAUUCCCGUCUCAUUGGAACUUACUGUGGAACUCAGACAGGAUCAUUUAGCACCACUAGAAAUUCUUUGACUGUUCACUUUUAUUCUGACUCUGUAUUGUCGAGGAAAGGAUUCCUUCUGGAGUGGUUUGCAGUGGAUCUUCCCAGUGGGAUUUUACCGACCAUCCCUCCAGGUUCUUGCGGUGGGUUCAUCACUACAGGAGAUCGGCCCAUGUUUCUUUUCUCUCCUGGGUGGCCAGACACAUACAGUGAUUUCCUUGACUGUACCUGGAUCAUCCACGCUCCUGACUCUACUGUGGAAUUCAACCUCCUCUCUGUGGAUAUUGAGUCUCAUCAGACAUGUCAAUUUGAUAAACUUGUCAUCAGAGAUGGAGAAAAUGAUGUGGCCCCUCAGCUAGCCACUGUGUGUGGCAAAGAGAUCCCUGGCCCCAUCCGGUCUACAGGAGAGUACAUGUACCUCCGCUUCACGUCCGACUACAGUAGGACCGGGGCAGGCUUCAACGCAUCCUUCCAUAAGAGUUGUGGUGGCUAUUUGCAUGCUGACAGAGGGAUUAUCACAUCCCCUAAGUACCCAGAAGUCUACCCUACCUCCCUCAACUGCUCUUGGCACGUCCUGGUCCAGAGUGGCCUGACCAUCGCUACCUACUUUGAGCAGCCUUUCGACAUUCCAAACAGAGACUACACUUCUUGCAGCCAGGGAGAUUACUUGGUGCUAAAAAAUGGAGCAGACCUCUCUUCUCCACCACUGGGACCCCAAGGAGGAAACGGUCGAUUCUGUGGCAACCAUCCUUCAUCCACUCUGUUCACAUCCGAUAACCAAAUGUUUGUUCAGUUCAUAUCUGAUCGGACUCAAGGAGGCCAAGGAUUUAAGAUCCGAUAUGAGGCAAAGUAUUUGGCCUGUGGGGGGAAUAUCUACAUCCACGGUGCCAAUUCUGAGGGGUAUGUGACCUCCCCCAACUACCCUGCCAAUUAUCCCCAGAACGUUGAUUGCAUCUGGAUUCUAGAAGCCCUUCCAGGCCGCAGCAUACUGCUGACGUUUGAAGAUCAAUUCAGUAUUGAAGCAACGCCCAAUUGUACUUCGAGUUACCUGGAAGUUCGGGAUGGAGCUGAUUCAAAUGCCCCAAUACUUUCCACGUCGUGUGGGAUAUCUUUGCCCAGGAACCAGGUCUCCUCAAGAGAGAUGAUGUAUUUGAGAUUUCAAUCAGACAAUAGCCCCACCCAUGUGGGAUUCAAGGCCAAGUAUUCUAUAGCUCAAUGUGGAGGAACAGUAGCAGGGCAAAGCGGAGUGAUUGAAAGCAUUGGCUACCCCAGCCUUCCAUAUCCACACAAUUCAUUAUGCCAGUGGCAUCUCCAAGGCCUCCAGGGUCACUACCUCACCAUCCGUUUUGAAGAUAUUAACCUUCAGGAUUCUCCUGGCUGUGGAAAAGACUUUGUGGAGAUCUGGGAGAACAACACCUCUGCACAUCUUUUGGGCAGAUACUGUGGAAACACCAUUCCUGCCCGUAUAGAAACUUCUAGCAAUGUUGCCUUGGUCAGAUUCGUCACAGAUGACUCAGUUGCUUCCUUAGGAUUCAGACUGCAGUUUCAAUCCAGCAUUGAAUCAUGUGGUGGGGAUCUACGGGUCCCAAUGGGAACUUUUACUUCUCCCAACUACCCCUUCCCUAAUCCUCACGGCCGGCUCUGUGAGUGGAGAAUCACUGCUGAGGAAGGAAGGAAGAUCACCUUAACUUUUGAUGACCUGAAGCUGGGAAUUCGACCAUCCUGUGAGAAUGAACAUGUAAUUGUGUACAAUGGCAUUCGAAGUAACUCACCGCAGCUGGAGACGCUGUGCAGCACUGUGAAUGUGACGACUUUGUUCCAAUCUUCAGGGAACAUGAUGAAAGUUGUGUAUUUCAGCGAUGGAUCCCUGCCAUAUGGAGGCUUCAAGGCUUCCUACACAUCCAGUGAAGAUGCAGUGUGUGGUGGAACUCUUUCUAAUGUCCUUGGAGGAAACUUUACUUCACCAGGUUAUAGUAGACUCACUAAGUACUCAAAGAACCUCAACUGCGAAUGGACUAUCAGCAAUCCAAAACACGAGAACUCAUCCAUUUACAUCCAGUUUGACCAUUUUUUCCUGGAGAGUCAUCAAGACUGUCAACCUGAUGCCCUGGAGUUUCGACUGGGUGAUGCUUAUGGGCCUCUGAUAAACAAAUUUUGUGGCCCCACACGCCCUGCAUUUCCAGUGGUUAUACCUUAUUCUCAAGUGUGGGUACACUUUUUCACCAAUGAGCGUGAUGAGCGUUCUGGAUUCAAGGCAAAGUAUUUCUUCACAGAUUGUGGUGGAAUCCAGGUAGGAGAGAGUGGAGUGGUCACAAGCCCAAACUACCCAGGCACCUACAGCAACUCCUCCCACUGUGCCUGGCUGUUGGAAGCCCCUCCGGGCCACACCAUCACCCUUACCUUUAGGGACAUUGAUAUCGAGAACCACGUGACCUGUUCCUGGGACUCCGUCACUGUGAGGAAUGGUGGCUUACCUACGUCACCCAUUAUAGGCAGAUACUGUGGAACUUCCAACCCUAGAACCAUCCAUUCUGGUUCCAACCAGCUUCUGGUGUUGUUUAACUCUGACUAUUCUGUGUCAGGUGGUGGAUUUUAUGCUACUUGGAACUCACAAACUUUAGGUUGUGGUGGCAUAUUUCAUUCGGACAGUGGCACGAUCCAAUCGCCACACUGGCCUCAGAACUUCCCGCCAAACAGCCAAUGUUCCUGGACAGCCAUUACCCACGAGAGUGAACACUUGGAGAUCCACUUUGACCGCAACUUCCGAAUCCCCAGUGCGGAUGCACAGUGUCAGAACAGCUUUGUGAAGGUGUGGUCAGGAACGGAGGAGACCAACGACACCCUGUUAGCCACCAUCUGUGGGGAUGUAGCACCAAGUCCUAUUGUCCUGCCUGAAAAUACAUUCACUGCCGUCUUCCAGUCUCAGGAGAUGCCAGCUCAAGGAUUCAGCGCUUUCUUUUUCAGCCGAUGUGGACGCAAUUUCACUAACUCUAUGGGUUACAUCCUCUCGCCAAACUUCCCAAAGCAAUAUGACAAUAACAUGAAUUGCACCUACAUCAUCGAGACUGAUGCUCAAUCUGUAGUCUCUUUGACUUUCGUAAAUUUCCGUUUAGAAGCCCGCUCUGCCGUCACCGGAAGAUGUGACCAUGAUGGCCUGCACAUUAUCAAAGGCUACAGCCUCUCCUCUACUCCAGUCGCCACUGUGUGUGGUUCUGAGACCCUGUCACCCCUCACCUUGGCCGGUCCAGUAUCACUCAAUUUCUACUCUAACUCACACAUCACAGACUAUGGGUUCAAGAUUUCCUACAGCAUAAACCCCUGUGGUGGUGAGUACAAUGCAUCCUCUGGAACUCUCAGGAGUACUUCCUAUUCAUUCAAAAACUACCCAGACAACCUUUAUUGCUUGUACAAAAUCACCGUGAGGGAAGACAGAGUUGUUCAACUCAAGUUCAGUGAUUUUGAUGUGGAUCCUUCCGCCUUCUGCUCCCAGGACUACUUGGGGAUUUAUGAUGGUUCUGAUACUAACGCUCCACUUCUUGGCAAAUUCUGUGGUUCUACACCCCCUGCAAAUAUCAAGAGCAGCAAUCGUAGCAUGACCCUGUUGUUCAAGACAGAUUCUUACCUCACAGCAAGAGGCUGGAAGGUAACUUACCGGCAGACAAUAGGGCCUAAGCACGGAUGUGGUGGGUAUGUGAGCGGUUCCCAGGGAAGCUUGGUGUCUCCCGAUUCAGAUUCCAACGGAAGAUACGACAAGGGUCUGAACUGCAUAUGGUUCAUUACUGCACCUGACAACAAGCUGAUCAACCUCACCUUCAAUACCUUUGUUCUGGAGCACUCAUCCUCUUUGGGCAGAUGUGCUUAUGAUUAUGUAAAGAUAUUUGAUGGGGAGAAUGAACAUGCAGACUUGGCCGGGACAUUCUGUGGUUCUACUGUACCUGCUCCUUUUAUCUCUUCUGGUAAAUUCCUUACAAUUCAAUUCGUCAGUGACCUAUCCUUGGAGAGAGAUGGAUUUAAUGUGACAUACACUUUUGUGGACAUGCCUUGUGGCGGAACAUAUAAUGCAACUUGGAUUCCACAAAGUCUUUCAUCGCCACACUUACCCAACCCCAGCCUCCCACUCUCCAUGUGCACGUGGGUUAUCCAGGCACCACCACAGCAGCAGGUGAAGAUCACCGUGGAUGCCUUGAAGCUGCUCUCCCCGGACUGCGAGAAGAACUACUUAGAGCUCCAGGACUCGCCGCAGAAUAAUGGGAACUCCAGAAUGCAGUUCUGCAGCACAAAUGUCUCCGCUGUGCCAGCCUUUUAUUCUUCCACCCACACUGCAAUCGUCCUUUUCAAAUCUGAGGUACUGAACAGAGACUCGGAAGUGAGCUUCACCUACCAGCUGGCAGAUUGCAACAGAGAAUAUAACCAGGCCUUUGGCACACUGAAGAGCCCGGGAUGGCCAAAUAAUUACAAUGGUGACAUGGAUUGCACGGUCAUUCUCAACGCACCACAGGACCACAACAUCUCCCUGUUCUUCCAGUCCUUUGCCCUGGAAGACACAAAUGAAUGCUCACACGAUUUCUUGGAGAUAAGAAACGGAGGUGACAACAGCUCGCCAUUAAUCGGCAAGUAUUGUGGAACCCUAGUGCCGAACCCUGUCUUCUCUCAUCGGAAUAAACUGUAUCUGCGAUUUAAGAGCAACAGCGACAUUUCUAACCAUGGCUAUGAAAUCCUCUGGACCUCAUCACCCUCCGGCUGUGGGGGGACUCUUUAUGGAGAUGCUGGUUUGCUCACCAGCCCUGGCUUUCCUAGCACAUAUCCCAACAACACUCACUGCGAAUGGACUGUCUUUGCUCCUUCUGGAAGGCCCCUCACCAUCAGCUUUGACCCCGUCAUCAUCGACGACCCAGGAAACUGUAUCCAGAACUAUCUCAUCCUCUACAAUGGACCUGAUGUAAACUCGCCACCCUUUGGGCCAUACUGUGGAGCCGACACGAGCAUAGCUCCGUUCGUGGCUUCCUCAAAUCGAGUCUUCAUAAAGUUCCAUGCUGAGUACGCCACACGUCCAUCCUCAUUCCGGCUCAGGUGGCAAAGCUGAGGGGGAAAGACAUAGGUUUGCUCCUUGCUUGGACUGACCCUCAGAGCCAUCGGGCACCACACUGGACAGAACUCCGCCACCCUGGCCGUGGAGCCCUGCCCAAGACCUGGAGCAAGGCUGCUGCCGGUCACCGCUCACGGAAUCAGCGCUCACACCAUCAGCUGGCACACGAGGCUUGCCUGCAAUGCUGGGUCUGACUCCUUUGAGCCUGGCUGUGCAUGGUCUCCUUACUUUCUAAGUUUUCAACUGCAAUUUUUUUUAAAAAAAUUCUUAAACGGUUGUCAUUAAAAAAAAAAACAGUUAAUGAUACAAUAGAUGUCUUAUUUUCACCAGGGAUGCCAAAUUGGGGAAAUAAACAUCAUUGGAUUGUUAAUGUUGUAUGUAUGUGGCAGUCACUCGCUGUCUUUCCCAUGGACUUCUUCUUGGCCACGAGGAGCCUUCUCACUGGAGUCCGUUGUGUCCAUUUCCCCACUCUUGGUACUCUGUAUCAUGAACUCCUAUAACCCUAGAACAUUCCCUUUUCUCUUUGUGUGGGGCUUUUCCUUCCACAUUCUCCACACUAAAGACCUUUUUCUUUCUCUUUUUUCUUGCAUGUCUACUGUUGACAUUUCAGCUCAAAUCUAUCAUAAGCAGGAAAUUCUUCUCCUAUUUUUGGCUUUCAUAGGAAGUUUUAUCAUCUGAUAGCCAAUUUGUCACAUUAGGUUGUGUAUAUGUGUGUGUGUGUAUGUAUGUGUGUGUGUGUGAUUGAGUAGUCACAGGGCCUUGCUCAUGCUACACUCCCAAGCUUACCUUUUUUAAAAUCUCUAUUGUAUUAGUUGUGUACGUUUAGUCUCUGCUUACUUUUUCAAUUAUUAUUUUUUUCCUGUGUAUGUGAUACUGAGGAAUCGAACCCAGGGCCUCAUGCAUGCUAGGCAAGCACUCUAUCACUAAGCCACAUUCCCAGCCCAGUCUCUGCUUAUUACAUUCUGUUCUUCAAGGGCAGUUCUCAAGUUCCUUUUGAGGGUUAAGCUGUAAAGGGAUGGAUAAAUAAAAUGUCUGACAAACAUC